UAAUUUUACUGACUUGGAUGCUACGUCAGCUAAUUUUGCUAACGAAAAUAUCAAAUGUACAUUUAAAAAAAAACAAAAUAGUCGUUUUAUUUAAUUUUUUUUUUUUAGAAAAUGUAAAAUUUUAUAAUUUUUUUAUUAAUUAGUAAAAUUAACAAAAAUAAUUAAAUAAUUAAAUUGCAAUCUUAUAUAAGAGAUAGAUUUGUAAAUGUUUCGAUCAUAUCACAAUAUCGUCUUUAUAAUAGUUAUAUAUGUGUUGUAAUUAUUCAAAUUUAAUGCUAGUAUUGUAGUCGUGCUACUCUCGAUUAAUUAUGGUUGUGUUUAUUUAAAAAAAUAUGAUAUGUUAAUCUAAAUUAUUUAAAUGUAAAUAACAUAUUCAUAAUUAAUUAUGGUUGUGUUUAUUUAAAUUUUUUAUGAUAUGUUAAUCUAAAUUGUUUGAAUGUAAAUAACAUACUCAUGAUUAAUCAAGAGUAACACACUGCAACAGUAGUAUUGAAUUUGAUACAUUACAACAUAUAUAACUCUUAUAAGAAUGCUAUUAUGAUAUGAUUGAAACAUUUACGGAUAUAUUUCUUAUAUAAGAUUAAAAAUUAAUUAAUUUUUGAUAGUUUUACUGAAUGAUAAAAAUUAUAAAUUUUAUAUUUUCUAAAAAAAAUAUUUUUAUAAAUGAUUAUUUUUUUCAAAAAAAAAUGUACACGUGGCAUAUUCGUCAGCAAAAUUAACUGAUGUAACAUAUAGAUCAGCAAAAUUAGAUGAUGUGUCAGUAAAUGUGGCGACUGAUGUAUGAUUUGGUCAAAAAAUAAACAUUAGGUAUGUUAUUUAAAACAUUUGAAAGUUUAAGUAUAUUUUAGCACGACUAUAUAAGUCGGAUAUUAAUUGAACAUAUCGCGAGAUGUUGGGUAUAAGACACCGUUUUUCCAUAUAUGGUGCCCUAUAUAACAAGUUAGAUUAUUCACAUGUUACUUUUUCUUUUUGUCCAGGAUCUAUCUUGGAACUGAUCUCAAAUUAAUAGUUGGCAGCUUUAGCAGCAAUCAUCAAGUCGUUGAUCAUAAUAUAAAAUCACUCAACUGACGAAGAUCUGCUUUGGAUAAUUUGAAUGAAUACAAAUCACGAGGUGGUCCUGUUGAAUAAUUUAAUGAAUACAAAUCAAGAGUAUGACCACUUUCAACAGGAACAAAGGUGGCAAUGUGGGGAAUAAGAGGGAAGUUAAGAGGGUCAAAAACGAGAUUUAAUGCAUGGAGAAAAGCAAAAGGCAACGCAAGUUUUAGACAGUGUCAUUAUUCUGUGCUAUUGAGACGCGUGAUAAAUAUGAAAGCAAGAAUCGAGAGACACAAAAAGAGAUUAUAAGUUAUUUAAAGUUUCUUCUUUCUGAGAUCAGCACAAACUAAAACGAGAUUAAAGAAAAAAGAGGUGGAAACCGACAGGUAGGGAAUCAGAUGCUGCUUUUCUGAACAAGACUCUUCUUUUGUUUCUUUCUUCGUCUCUUUUUGAAGAAUUGUGAUUGAUGUUGAUGGUUUAGAAAAUGAAUCGUCAUGAUCCCCUUCCCCCCCCCCCCCCCCCCCCCCCCCCAGCGACUUGACUCUCUGCUAACUAUUCCACCUUUACCAAUUUAUAUUUAUUUCCUAGCCUUAGUUUUUUUUUUUUUUUUUUUGUAAAAUGUUAAAUUGAUCCACAAUCAAAUUUCGAUCCCUUCUCCUUCUGUGUUCAGAGCCAUUGAUAUAGAACUGAAAAACAUCAUCUCAGCAAGGAGACACGAGAAAAACUUUGAUUCACUAAUAGUUAUGUGGCUCAGAGAAGUUAUAUCUUUUGUAAGAUUAAAAUUUGUGAUUCAUCUUGUUUUUUAUUUCUUUUUUGUCAAAAUAGUUCAAACAUAAGAUCAUUCCUUGUACUAUCUUUUAUUCAUUUAUGAUAUUUACAAUUUAGCAAAAAAAAAAUAUUAAAUUGAUUAUACCAAAAUUUUAUGUUUUUGACAUAAGUUACAAAAGAAUACUAGUGACAGAGAACUGAAUGAAACUAAACAACAGAGCUAACUCAACCACAUCUUAACUUUGAACAAAGACUAGAAGCUAGACAGUAGAGAUGGAAGCCAACAAAGCAAGCUUGGACCAAAGAAGUGAUAAGGACCGCACGCAAACCGGUCGCCGCGAGAAGGAGAGAGAUGGGUGUAUGCCCCAAACCCUGGUGCAACACCUUCCUACAGAUCCCAGACCGACUACAAACAACAUACCACCCCAAGAAUCGCAAGCACAAGCAGACAAAUCCACCCGAGAUCCACAUACCCCGGCAGCAUGAGGCAGAGAUACCAUCCGACGAUGCCGUCGUUCGGUCUGAGACUUAGAGAUUGCCGCCUCCAAAUCUCUUAACCGGACCGUUACAACCGUUGAACCGAAAGCCCAUAUAGAGCAACCCCCACCUGCGGAGCAGCUUCACCGAGAGAGAGAGCCGCCUGAGUGCCCAACUGGAGACCUGUCUCCAACCAACCCAAAGCUUAAUUGAUUCGACGACAACUUAGACGCAGAGAGAGAUAGCAAGGAGCGAAGGACAGCGGCGGUGACACCACACCGUCGAAAAAUUCCAGCCUUGAGGAAAGCAGACCUGCAAGACAACUCGAAAGAGGCAGAACCAACAUGCCUUCACGCGCCACCACAAAACUAUCUCGGAGGAGAAGAGCGAACCCACCACCGACAAUGAGCUCCAUGCGUGACCACCUCAGACCACAGGUGAAACAGAGCUAGAAAAAAAAAAUAUCUGAGUUAAGGAAACCCAGAUCUGAGACUUGGAGGGUCUCACCGGCGGACCACGCGCCGCUACCCAGGAAGAACGCCGAGAUAUGAGGAAAAAAAUUCCCGACCAAAAGCACCGAGCAGAUCUGGAAGAAACCGCGGAGAGGGGAAUACGUCGUCCUUUAGCACUUCUGUCCUCACCAGGAACAACACAAAUCUACUUUCGAUGCCUCGGAUUUUCAUCGGGAGAGAGACCUCGACACUUCACCUCCACCGCAAACGAGAAGAAAGUCACCGAGAAAACAAGAGAAGCGGAGAGAAGGGAAAACAGAGGGGGGACUUUCAACGACCACGAAGAAGGACACGACGGUCGCCGGAGCCAAGCAGCUCACGUUACAAAGGUUGAAGCUUUAGAGAGAAAGGAGAGAAAAUAUUUAGAGAGAGAUAUGACAAGUGCCAAUUUAUUAUUCAGCCUUCGUUUUCUUUUUCUUAGAACUAGCAUUCGCUUUUUUCUUCAUACGUAUACACGUACAAUUUCUCAAAAUUUCAUUUAACAAUAUUGUUACAUUUGUGGUGCUGGAACUCAUAAUAUAGACAUUUUAAAUGCUUGAUACAUGUGAAAUGGAAAAUGGAAAAUGGAAAGGGUUGAUAUGCUCCAAUUUUAUUAGUGCUUUAUUGGUUUCCCCAUAUAUCGAUCGUGAGAAAGGUUGCAUGUCUUUAGUUAGGCUUGCAUGUUAGUUUCUUCAUUCCCAAUUUGUCUUUAUGAGCCAAUUAUUCCAUAUUUCAGUCUACUUUUAUGUGUGCGAUGUAAACUAUAUACAUGCAUAUGAUGUCUUCAUACCACAACAAGAACCCAAAAAAAAAGUUAUAUAAAUGUGAACAUUGCCGCAUUAUCUGUUCGUUUAGAUUUGAAUUAAUCGAUCUGAGAACCAAAAAGAAAAGAAAAAUGAUGAAACUAUUGAGUUUUUAUUGUCCGAUUAGUACGAUAUUGUUUUGAACUAAAAAUUAGUUUGCACAGAUUUACUUUUAGACUCAUUUCUAGAAGAUGUUUUAUUAAUUAAAGUUAAAUUUUUAUAUUAUAUAUUAUACAUUAUUUGUCUAAACUUUUGAUGUGGAACAUAAAUUGAUAUCUCGUUGAAAAACAAUUAGGAUUGGUAUCGGCCGUAUAUAUAAAAGUUGAUCUGACAAAGCAUCUUUCAUUAAAAUGUCUCUCAGUUUCUCUCUCUUUCUUUCUCUCUUUCCUCAAGUUAUUGGUGACCACGUCUAAAAGCUCACGUAAAAUUUUUUUUUUUUAAAAUGGCAUCGUUAUGUUUCCUUCAUGAAGAAAGAGAGUUACUUACUUAAGGUUGAAUAUUAUACUUUAUGAGGAAAAAGACUAUUACAUUCUAUUUAUGGGACAAUUAACUGCAAACUAUGUGAAUUGUUUAAAAUAUCCCUCUCCUCCCUCAGUCCUCACCCUCUCUUUUUCUCUUUUGUUCAAACCUGCUCAAUUUAUUGCAUAAACCUUUUAUCAGUUGAUGACAAAAGGAAGUUUAAUUUCCGAAUUAGUUAAAUUCCGUUGCCAAUGACAUUCAUACGCACGUACAUGUAAUUGUGUAAAACAAAUUUUAGCAAAGAAAUGUAUGUAGACCAUCAUAUAUAUAUGCAGUGGUUGAGCCAGCCGUCGCUUUCACUGGUGUCAAAUAUAUAAAUAAGAUUAUUUAUAAGGGUCAAUAAGUCAAAUUUGUAAUAUAUUUUUAGAUAUUUUGUAAGAAAAUACACGUGAAGAUUCAUGUAUGAUGUAUAUCACUACAUGUGAAGAUGUCAAUGUUUUAUUUUCUUUUCGAUCGAGCUCGGUCGAGGCAAAAUAUGUUUGACCGUGAGUUGGUAAAACUGAAGUGAGGGGAGAGAGAGAGAGAUGAGUCAAAGAUUGUGUGGGAGUAAUGAUGUAAAAGAGGCAAACAACGUCUUUAAUCCAUAUGCUAAAGAAGCAUCCCAUCUCUAAAGCCAAAGGCGAUUUGGAUGCCUCCGCUUUAGUUUUUAUUUUAUUUUGUAAUAAAUUUUAACUCGGUAUUUUUUAAUAAAUACUCAUUAGUUUAUGUUUUUAUUAAAUCUAAAACCUAACAUGCUAAGUUGUUAUUUUUGUUCUUAAAAAUUAUAAAUUAAACCUAAAAUUAUUCGUAUAUAUGACAAAGUUUUUUUUAUCUAUAAUAAUAUUAAUGCUUAUUAUUGUAUUGAAAUUUUAUAAACAUUCACAUAUUAUAAAUAUUAUAGAAAAUAUCUUUAUACAACUGUUUUUGCUUUAUUAGUAUUUAAUCAUAAAUUGUUUUAUAUCAUAGUUUUCAAAUUUUAUAAUUGAAAAUAUUAUUUCUAGAUAAUAUAACAAUAUAUAUAACAAUUUCUUAUUUUUUUAAUAUGUUUUAUUUUGAUAAUUUAUUAUAUUAAUAUAUAACCAGUUAUCUAAUAUAACAUAUAAAUCUAAUAUUAAUAUAAAAUUUGUUUUAUUUAUAUAAUAAAUUUUAUAUAAUUAUUCGUUAAGAGUAUAAAGGAUAUUAACCUCUCUAACUUUUAACGUGAGAGCUCCGUUUUUAAAAAUCACUUCGCAAAUUAUAGUAUAGAUUUAUAAAUUUUAUAAUUAGUAGGAGUGGGCACGACUCGAAUAUCCGGGGUUGAAGAGAUAUUCAUGAUCCAAUUCGUUUCAUUCAAUUAUCUGAUUUGAUAAGAUUCAUAGCUAUCUGGAUUUUCAAUGUCCUGUUAUUCAAUUUUUUAAUAUUUUAACCGGUUAUCCGUUUUGAUACACACAAAUCAAAAAAUAUUAAAAUAAAUAAAAAUUUAAAUAUAAUACUAUAUUUAAAUAUUUUAUUACAAAAUUACAAAAUUAUUUAUUUUGAAUAUUUUAGUUACUAAAUAAUAAAUUUAAUAAAUGAAAAUAUUAUAAACUUACAUAACAUAUAAUAAUUAUAUAAUUUCUAUAUAUAAUUUUUUAAACAUAAUGUAUAUACGAAUAUAACAGAUCAAAUCAUAUUUUUUCUAAAAAUAGUAAUAUUUUUCAUUCAUUUCAUCUUUACGGAUAUUGCAUAUUAAUAUUGUUUUACUUUCUAUAGUUACAAAUAUCUGAUAUUUUUUUUCAGUUUAGAGCAUCCACAAUGGCGAUAUACUCGUUUUGAGUAUCUAAUGAGUAUAAUAUUAAUAGAAUUAGUUUCAUUUAAAUAAAAAUUAAAUUUAGAAAAAAAGAUAAAGGCUGGCCAAUUGUAAAGUGACAAGUAAGAUAAGAAUCUCUAACAAUUUUUUGUAAGCUGUACCUGGUUAUCAAUUUAAGGAAUAUCAUGAAUGAAAUGAAUUAAAAAAUAUAACGUAGAUGAAUGGAAUAAGGAUCCACUCAUUCCACUUAUUCAUGAGUUUUUUUAAUCAUGAAUGUUUUACAAAGUUGUGUGGUUCAAGUAUGCAACACCAAAAUUCUCUUUCAUCCUAUGGACUGCUAUGCAUGGAAGGAAUGAGAAGCUGGAACAGGAAUGUGGAUGCUGCUUGUGUAUUGUGUCAAAAUCCUUUGGAAACCUUGAGCCAUUUAUUUUUUGAGUGUCCAUAUUCUACUCAGAUAUGGGAGACCUUAAUGAGGGGAAUACUGGGCAAUCAGUAUACAUCGGACUGGAGGAGUAUAGUCACAGUUGUCUUGGACCAUACACAGAGGAAGCUUAAGCUUUUCAUCACCCGAUAUAUAUAUUCCAAUCUGCAGUUCAUAUCAUUUGGAGAGAAAGAAACAUAAGAAGACAUGGAGAAGCUCCCUCGCUGGCGAUUCUAUUGAUCAAAAGGAUUGAUAAAAAAAACAUGAGGAAUAAAUUCACCAUUAUAAGAAAGAAAGGAGACAAGGAGUUUGAGGGAAUUAUGAGCUAUUGGUUCAACACAAGAUAGAAGAAAGAAAGUUUAAUGGAGGUUGAGAUAUAGUUACAAAAGGAUAUAAUUUAUUUUGAAUUUUAUAGAAAGGUUACACUUGAUGUAAAAAUGAACUUUGUCUUUUGAAUUAAAGUUAACAUUCAAUUAAAAAAAAAUCAUUGGAAUGAAAUUUGUUUUUUGUUCCAUUCAUAUGGUAAAAAAUUUUUUAGAAUCUACAGGAAUAAGUCAUUCCAUACAAUUUUAUACCAAAAACUUGUAUUCCAGUUGCAUUUGUAGAGUCUAUUGAUAAAGAAUCGUUUAUAUUUCUCUCUCUCUUUCACUAUUUUCGGUAUUUUAAUAUCAAGAGACUCAGUGCAUGAUUAUUGUUGGUAUUUUCGGUAUUUUCGGUAUUCAUUGGUAGUUCCUCACAAAUAAUUCUGAAUUUAUGUAUAUGUAUAUAUAUAAAUAUUACUAGUUUUUAAUCACAGGUAUCUUAAAAUUAUGGGAAACUCAAUCUAUAGUAUUUCAACUGAAAAAUUUUGGAUUGAAUUUCCCAUAAUUUUGAGAUACUCAAUCCAACAAUUCACUCUAUGUAUAUUUCAUUUUUAUUUUUUUUAGAAUUUUGGGUAGAUAUCAUUGAUAAGGUUGUUCUUAAUAACAAGUAGAGUUUUCUAGGAGGUGUUAUUGGUUUAUAUAUUUUGAUUGAUUUAGAAAUCUAUAUAGUAUUUUAUAAAUUCAAGUAAAAUAUGUAAAUUCGGAGGUUUUCCAUCGGAUUUGAGUCUUUGUAUGUUUAACUAAAAAAUCCAAACAAAUCCAUUCAAAUCCAUUAUAAAAUCAAAUAUAUUAGUAAAUCCGUACGAUUGAAUAACACUUGAUUUGAUAUAGAAUUUAUGAAUCAUUAAACCAAUAACACCUAAUUUUAAUACAGAUUUGAAAAUCACAGAACCAAUAACAAUAAAUUUAGUUCGAAUUUUCAAAUCCAUUAAAAUACAACAAUCAAUACACCUACUUAAACUGUCAAACCGAAAAAUAAGAAAAAAGGAGUGUUUAGGUGUCGCCAUGUAGAUCUUGUUUGAGAAGAGAUGGGUCCCUUUAUAAGUUUCUUAAAUCAUUUAAAUCCUUCUUUUUUUUAGGUUAAAACAAUCAUUUAAAAAUCCAACGGGGCUUGAGUGGGAGCCACAUCGACCCACUAUGAACCAGGAUUACCACAGUAGAUAAAGAUAGAUGAUGGUGCAGUAAGCGCGAAACUUCUAUGCAGCGAAUACAACUAAACAAUAAAUUAACAUAUUUGGCGACGCAUACAGAUAUGUCAUCUGUGAUGAGUUGAGAUCAGAUGGGCCCUUCGUCCUGACCUUUUCCGUCUCUCUUUCAUGGUUUUCACACUUACAGAAUCUUUUAAUGUUUGCUUUUCAUAUUAUUAAAUUGUAAAUGAAAGUUAAUUCUUAAAAAAUGUGAUGGAGUAUAGAAAACACUGACUAAAAAGCAAUCUAAAGUAAGACAAAAUAUUCGAUCUCUCACAAGAUGCCAAUCCCAUGGUAUACUUUUCAACAUUCUCAUAUCAUAUCUCCUACAGCAUCUUUUUUUUGUGCUAAACUACCUACAGCAUCUCUUAAUUUUAAUUAUAUAUAGUAUCCUUCGUAUCUCGUACGUAAACUCUCAGCAGCUAUAGUUUCCAUCUCUCUCUCUCUUGUAUCGCGCGACUUUGAAUGGCGCCCAUGAGUUUGCCUCCAGGUUUCAGGUUUCAUCCAACAGACGAAGAGCUAGUGGCAUACUAUCUGGACAGGAAGGUCAACGGCCGAACCAUUGAGCUUGAGAUCAUUCCCGAAGUUGAUCUCUAUAAAUGCGAGCCAUGGGAUUUACCUGAGAAGUCAUUUUUGCCGGGAAACGACAUGGAAUGGUACUUCUACAGUACAAGGGAUAAGAAGUAUCCAAAUGGGUCCAGGACAAACCGUGCGACCCGAGCGGGUUAUUGGAAAGCUACAGGGAAAGAUCGUGCAGUAGAAUCAAAGAAGAUGAAGCUGGGGAUGAAGAAGACUCUUGUUUAUUAUAGAGGAAGGGCUCCUCAUGGCCUUCGUACUAACUGGGUGAUGCAUGAAUAUCGCCUCACUCACCUUCCUUCUUCAUCCCCAUCUUCCUCUAUCAAGGUAAUACUUGCUUAUUUUAUCCCGUACGAACACAAGCCUCAUCAACGUAUAUUACUAUACUUUAUAACAUACACACACACACACAUAUAUAUAUAUAUAUAUAUAUAUACUUCUGAUAAUGAUAAUGUAAAACAGGAGUCAUAUGCAUUGUGCCGUGUGUUUAAGAAGCAUAUACAAAUUCCAAAGAGAAAGGACGAAGAGAUGAUGAUGGGUACUAGCGUUGGAAAAGAGAAAAAGGAAGAAGAGGAGGAGAACAUGUGGAGAAAAUGCGAUAAGGUAAUGAUGGAAAGAGAAAGCGACGAAGAUGAGAGCUUUAAAAUUGCAUCUGCGGAGACAUCCUCAUCAGAGCUCACCCAAGGGAUCCUUUUAGACGAAGCAAACAACUCAUCCAAUUUCCCCCUUCAUUUCUCAUCUUCUCUUCUCGGCGAUCAUGAUCAGUUUUUUGCAAACUACUCUCACCUUCCCUACUAUCCUCCUCUCCAACUCCAAGAUUUUCCUCAGAUCUCUAUUAACGAAGCACAGAUUAUGUCAACGGAGUACUCCAAGCAACAAGACUUUCAAUGCAGAGACUCAAUGAAUGGGACACUUGACGAGAUCUUCUCUUUCUCUUCUUCCGCCACCUUUCCCCUAUGACAACUAAUACACAUAAUCUUUAUUUUUCAUAUUCAAACUUAUUUUCUCAACGUUCUGAUAUAUCACAUAUAUAGUUUUUCUUUCUUUUUGGCUUCUCAGUUGGUUUAACUCAUGACAAAGCGUUUGUGGCUGUUGCGUUUUUUUCUGCCACACUGAAGAAAAAAAUUGAAACAUUAUAUUGGAUUAUUCUGUUUUUACCUUACGAGUGUGGAUAUAUAUUUAGUAGAUGCUGCUUAGAUCGUUGAUGGGUUUUUUCGUGUAGAAAGAAAACGGGAUUCACA